GCUUUUGUAGUUUACUCUUUGGACAUUUAAUUUUUCGUUCUUUAUCGCUGCUAGUCUCUGCCAACACCCGGCGUCGUCAUGGAUGAUAUUUUUUGAUAUAUUUCUUUAAGUAGAAGUUAAUUAUACACAUGUUUGGAUGGCUCAGGUCUCGGUUUCGUGUGUUCACCGUACAAAGGGGAAGUUCGUCUCUCAGGCUUCUCGGUUAGCUGACGUUCACGUCAGUAGGGCUAGCUAACUUUGCUAGCGCAUGCUAUCGUAAGGUGGCGAAGUAAAGUAGCGUCAGCUGUUCCGUUCAAAAACUUUCCUUACGUAGACUGUGUGUGAUCAGUAGAUUUUUACAGCUGUUUAGCUAACCGCUGUUGGCUAACGCUGGAAAGCUAAACGGUAAUCUCAUCACUCCGGCUUGAGUUUAGCUCGAAUCGCCUCAGACAGUCAGCUUGCAUCACCUGCUACACGAUGGACUUUGACAAUAUAUUGAACAUCGCUUCACAAAACCAGGGCCUCAGCAAUGUCCAGAAAAGAUAUAGUUUACAAGCUGGACCCCCUAAAAAGGACCCAAAGUCGAAAGGUGUCAACCCUGCUGCUGUGCAGGCACUGCUGAAGAAGCAGCACACUGACUCCAGAAAGAAAGAAAUGCAAAUGAAGAAACAGAAGGACGAACUGUUAGCCAAGAGGGUUGAGAUGAAGUCGGAUCGUAAAGCACGAGCCAUGGCAUCCAGAACUAAGGACAAUUUCAAAGGCUACAAUGGCAUCCCUAUAGUAGAGGUUCCUAAGAAGCGAAGAUCCAAACAAGAAAUGCUGCAAGAUCGUUCAAUGAAUGAGGAGGAAAGAUUUAGGAAUAACUCAAUGGACCCAGAAGAUGAUGAGGAUAAUUAUGAGUAUGAACAGACAGAUUCGGAGCCAGAGCAGGAGCCAGAGCCGCUGAGACCAGGGAGAACCACAGGUGUUGGUGGGAGCAGUAGCAGCAGCAGCAGGCCCUCCUCUAAAAAACCCAGCGGGCCACCCAAACCGGCUCCACCGCCCAUGAACUUCGCUGACCUGCUCAAAUUGGCAGAGAAGAAGCAGUUUGAGCCAGUUGACCUAAAACCAAAGGUGGCGAAAAAUGAAGAAAGACUUCGCACAGCUGACGAGAUAAAGGAACUGGAGAUGGAGCGAAAGGCCAAGAAGCAUGACAAAGAUAGAGACUCCAAGACAGAGCGCGAAAGAGAUGGCAAGUCUCAGUCUAGCUCUAGCUCAGCAAGAAAAAGCACUUUAGAAAAGGAACAGAAGAACUCCAGACCACAAAAGAACUCCUUUGAAAAGCCAAGUUUGCCCAGUGGGUCAGGGAAGAAGUCGCAUCCAUCCCUGACUAGCGAUAGAGGCCUCACUUCUUCCAAGCCAUCUGUUACUGAGAGAGAAAGAGACAGAACGAAGACGUCUCACGGUGACAGAGACAGAUCCAAGACAAGCUUGUCUAGUUCAUCGGGUGCUACAAACAGUAAAGUUCCUUCAAAAGCCACAUCAUCUCAGGUUUCAGCCAAACAAGGGCCCCCCAGGCCCUCCCCUAGCCACAAAUCCAGCACCUCAAGUGACCUUAGCUCAAAAAAAGAAAGCUCGUCAUUACUUCAAAGAAAAGCUUCAGGUAUUCCUGGGACCAGGCCUUCUGGCACAGCUGGCACAGGUCAAAAGUUUCAACAUGGGAGCUCCCAGCAGACCAGGCCCAGUCAGGGUAGCUCCUUAAAGCAGGGGCCUGCAGUUGGAGGCCAUAAGUCUGGAAAGGGAGAACCACCAAGGCACGGAACUAAUUCUUCCACAAAAUCAAGUGGCAAUUCAGUGACGAGACCCUCCUCAGGCGGCCCUCCUAAGGCAGGAGGCCAACCUCAGGCAAGGCCUGGAGGCACAUUCCAGACAAAAGCUGGUAGUGUGCCACAGGCUAGGCCCGGUGGGAGCGGCCUACAGGGUCACCCCGGAGGUAGUGGAUCCCGACCUCCAGGGAUCGGACCUGGCCGGCCUGGUGGUGGGGGGCUGGUACCAGGGCGACCGUCUGGCAGCGUUGGAUCAGGACCUGGAAGACCCAAGUGCACUGUGGUGUCAGAGACCAUCUCAUCCAAGAAUGUUGGUGGACCGAGGCAGGGAGUCCCUCCUCGGCCAGGCAUGCCACAGAGACCAGGAAUGCCACCCAGACCAGGAAUGCCACCCAGACCAGGCAUGCCACAGAGACCAGGGAUGCCACCCAGACCAGGAAUGCCACAGAGACCAGGAAUGCCCCCCAGACCAGGAAUGCCCCCUAGACCUCUGAUGAACAGACCACCAGGACCAAUGUUACCACCUAUCACGUCGGCGUACAAGCGGAAAUACGAGGAUGAAGAAGAGUACGACUCAGAAAUGGAAGAUUUCAUUGACGAUGGAGGGGAACAGCAAGACGAGAUUUCCAGGCACAUCAGGGAAAUCUUUGGAUAUGAUCGAAACAAGUACAGAGACGAGAGCGACUAUGCACUUAAAUUCAUGGAGAGCAGCUGGAGAGAUAUGCAGAAAGAAGAGGCCAGGAGCCUGAGACUAGCUGUGCAGGAGGAUCUGGAGGAGGAGAGAAAAGAGGAAGAGGAGCUGAAAAGGAAAAAUACCAAGAGGAAAAAAACCAACUGAAGCUUUGUUGCCACUGAGUUGAAUUAAAUCCUUGUGUACCCUGAGCGACGGGACAGCGGGUCUGCUAUCUGAGCACCUGAAGCCCAGUGACUGUUACCACUCUGGCCCCCUGUAACUGUCUCGCACCUUCUCUCCCUGUGUUUGGAUCAAAUCCGAGUGGAAUGAUGUAUGACGUUGUCUCAAGAGGAAAAGAGAAUUUUAUGGAAAGACAAACGGGAAAUAGCAAAAUAUGCACAAAUCAUUCAGGCGUCAGAACGUAGUGAAAAGUUCUCACAUUUUCCCUGUUAUUUUAUUUAUUUCCCCAACCUAGUGCAGGGUUUACAGUAGUCCUGAUCUGUAAGACAAGUUGAGCUGCAAUGAAAACUAUAAAUAUGAGAAGAGUGUGAUUUGUUUUUUUUCUUUCUUCUAGGCUAACCUUAACACAUUAUGUCAAGUGUUAAUAACACACUAUUUUUGAGCAAAGUUGUUGCAUAUUUUUCCAAACAAACUUUGAUUGUAAAGUCAGUCAAUUAUGCAGGAAACAUUUGGUAUGUUGUAUGUUUAUCUUUGAAAGCAUUUGACAGAAAUGACUACAUAAAGGGUUUUUAAUUUAA